AUGACUGUAUCUGCAGCAAAAACCUGGUACAGUGACAACGGACCAACAACAGAUGCAGUUUUCUUGGAACACCUCAUCAAAGAAUGUGGUGAAUAUUCGUCGUCUGCGGAUGUCACUUCUUGUAAAACGAUGGUAAACUGUCAGUACCGUAAGAUUCACUUGGAUGUUGCGCAAAACAGUGAAUCUGUUCAAAGAACUUGUAUUGACAUCGGAAGCUGCGAUGGACCGAAUCUUAAUUUCAUUAAUGAGUUGCAGUUGUCUUCAUGGAGCAAUGUAACGCUGGUAGACUGGACAAAAACAACAAGUAAUUAUCAGAGAGACCGUUGUGUGCCCGUGGAAUUCCUUGUUCUUCAUCAUACGGUUACCACUUCGGCAGCAGAAACCUUAUAUAUUCUGAACGAUCACGGUUUGUCUGUGCAGUAUAUUGCUGAAAAAAAUGGAACCAUGUACCAAAUGGUUCAUGAUUAUUACCGAGCAUGGCAUGCUGGACCAAGUCAUUGGGGUGAGACAAGCGAUAUGAACAGUCAUAGCGUGGGAUGUGAAAUUGUUAAUACCGGCUCUGAACCGUUCCCAAGAGCACAGAUGGAUGGAGUUAUUGCGUGGAGCCGUUUGAUGAUAAGUCGUUGGCAUAUUGAUCCACAUAAUAUUGUCGGCCACUGUGACAUAAAUCCUCAUGGCAAAAAUGAUCCAAGCGGAUACUUUGACUGGAAGUAUUAUUAUGAUCAACUGGGUUAUUAUAAGGACAUAUGGCCAACAUCGUUGACCAAAGAACAACAAAAAACUGUCCUAAUGAGUGAGAGCAACUACGAUUCUCAGCAACUUUCUAGUGUACAGACUCGUCUACGACAGUGGGGAUAUUCUGGUAGCCUUGCGGUGACGUACGUCUACGAUCAGGACACCAAAAACGCUAUCCAAGCAUUCAACCGACAUUGGUGCCCAGAAAUCUUUGUUCCUGAAAAAGUUAAUGACAAGACCAACGAGACAAUAACCAACACCAACAACAUGAAGUGGUAUCGUAUUUCUGAAGAACGUCUUGGAAAACUGCUACUAACCUUGUGA